AUGGAUUUUUAUUGGUCUCAAAAAAUUAGUAUUAUUACUCCCUCCGUUUUUUGGUGGAGGGAUCUCGUGGCGUUGUGUGACAAGCCUAGAGGAAUUCUGCAUAAUAUAACCGUCAAAAUUGGAAAUGGUAAUGUGGCUAGCUUUUGGAAUUCUCGGUGGAUCGGUAACGAUUGCUUGGCUGCACUGUAUCCGAAUUUAUACCAUGAGAUCUCCUCCAAAUCUUCCACGGUAAACGGAUUGGGAUGCUGGAGAGGUAGCCGAUGGUGGUGGGAGCUGCGUAGACAUUCUGAAGUCCUAGGGCAGGAGGCAUCUUUACAAAUGUCAGAAUUGCAAAAUGUGCUGGCAGGGAUUGAGAUUAAGUUGAAUUCUGCAGAUCUUAUUGUCUGGCCCUUUGCUGUGUCCAAAUGUUUUACAGUAAAGUCAUGUUAUAAUUUAUUAAUCCAAGAGCUAGAAUCUGGUGUGGAGGAUCCGGGAAUAGGUCACGGUCUGAAACUGAUUUGGGAGGCCCAUGUUCCAUCCAAAAUAAAAAUCUUUGGCUGGAGAUUAUUGAACAAUGGCUUACCGACAAGGAAACUAUUAAUUAGAAGAGGAAUUAUCGUUCAUAAUCACGAGGCUUUGUGUGCAUUCUGUGGACUAAUCACCGAGGACUCGAACCAUUUAUUCAUGCUUUGUCAUAAGAUCCGAGGGGUUUGGCUGGCUGUUAUGAAGUGGUUGGAUCUGGACAGUGUGGAGGCGGUGGACUGUUGUAGCCAAAUUCGUUUGGGUGUCUCGAACUUGAAGGGAAAGAUGAAGAGCAAUAGAGCUGCAGCAAUUUGGAUGACAGUUUGGUGGUGCAUUUGGAGGGUCCGUAAUGCAAUAAUUUUCAAAAAUGCGGAGUUCGAUAGCGUUGAACUGUUCUAUUCAAUUCUGUGGCAUUCUUGGUGGUGGUUGGCAAUAGUAGCUAAAGAGAGAAUUUUGUGUAACUUCUAUGAAUGGUUCAAAAACCCGUCGUUAUGUAAUUAA